AUGGAAAUCGAGGAAUUAAUUAAAAAGAUUGAAGAGGCGUGGGAGAGAGAGGAGGUGUAUUGGUGGCAGAGGUCAAGAAUUCAGUGGCUGAAUGCUGGGGAUAGAAAUACAAGGUUUUUUCACUCGUGCACUAUUCAGAGAAGAGUGAGAAAUAAAAUUGUGAGGCUGAAAGGGAAUGGGGGUAGAUGGCUAGAGAAUGAAGAGGAGAUAAAUAAUUCCUUUAUUAGCUUCUAUAGUAAGCUUUUUUCCUUGGAUGGUUACAGAAAUUUAGAUGUGGCUUUGAGUUUUGUUAAAAACUUGGUGAGUGGGGAAGAAAAUGCGAGCUUGGAAGAAGCGGUAACCAGGGAGGAAAUCAAGAGUGCAGCUUUCCAGUUGGGUGCACUAAAAGCUCCUGGACCUGAUGGAUUCUGUGGAAUGUUCUAUCACUCUGCCUGGGGGACAAUUGAGAAGGAGGUGACUGAGAUGGUCUUUGGCUUUUUCAAUAAUAAUGCUAAGUUGACAGCUUUGAAUAAAACUAACGUGGUGCUUAUACCGAAAGUAGAAAAUGCUGAAUGUGUGGGUCAGUAUAGGCCUAUAGGGCUUUGCAAUUUUGCUUAUAAGAUUGUCUCUAAAGUCUUGGCAAAUAGGAUGAAGCCUAUUCUGGCCAGGAUUAUCUCUCAAAAUCAAAGAGCCUUUAUUGAAGGGCGCUUGAUACAAGGCAAUAUCAUCAUUGCACAUGAAGCCUAUCACUACCUGAAGAAUAAGAAAAAGUGUAGGAAAUAUGAGAUGGUUGUGAAAAUAGACAUGAACAAGGCGUACGAUAGAUUGGAAUGGAGGUUCAUUGAAGAAGUUAUGAGGAAGAUGGGCUUUAGUGAAAAGUGGAUUGCCUGGAUUAUGGAGUGUGUGCAAUCUGUGAUGCUGAAUUUAGUGAUAGGAGGUAAGAAGAUCACAGAAAUUGAAAUGAGAAGAGGAAUCCGUCAAGGGGAUCCUCUUUCUCCAUUUUUAUUCAUUAUCGCAGCUGAUGCACUUUCUUCAAUGGUCCAGUGGCAUGUAGAUAUGGGUUUGCUGAAGGGAAUAAAGUUAGCAAAGCACUACCCUAUCCUUUCUCAUUGUUUCUUCGCUAAUGACUCUCUCUUUUUUAUUAAUGCCAAGAGGAAUAAUUGUAGAAGAUUAAUGGAGAUUUUGAAUGUCUAUUCCCAAGCCUCGGGGCAAACUAUUAACCUGGACAAAUCUUGUGUUUUCUUCUCUAAGAACACGGUUGAAAAGGUGAAGCAGGAAGCCUUUGAGGUGCUGGGAAUAAGUGCAUCAAUGAAUCCGGGCAGAUAUUUGGGGUUACCAGUUAUUUGGAGCAGAUCCAAAGUGGAAGCUCUGAGAUUUGUGAAGAAUAAGAUGGGAUUAAAGGUGCAAGGAUGGAAGCAGAGACUCUUGACCUUUGCUGGGAGAGAGAUUAUGAUUAAGGCAGUUGCAAAUGCAAUUCCUAUCUUCUCGAUGUCUUGCUUCAAAUUUCCAAAGAAUGUUUGCAUGGAAUUGGACAGUUUGAAUCAGGAUGAUCUUUGGUGUAAGAUUCUGAAGGGUCUAUACUUCCAUGAUAAAGAUUUUAUGCAACCUGACAAGGGAAGCAAGCCGUCCUGGUAUUGGUCUAGUAUUCUGGAUGGAAGGGAACUAUUGAGGAGAGAUCUAGUAUGGAGGGUGAGUAAAGGAGACAAAGUGAAGCUAUUUGAAGAUAGUUGGUUACCUGAGGCCAAAGGUUACAAGUUGAGGCAGAGGGAACUUACUGAUGACAUAAAAGCUGUGAAGGUUGCAGAUAUUAUAGCUGAGAGACAGUGGUGUUUUGUGAAGGUGGAGCAAUGGCUUUCAGAUGAAGAUAAAGAAGCAAUAAGGAGAGUUCGAAUUCCUAUUAUUGAGGAGGAAGACAAGUAUAUAUGGUUGGGCAAUAAAGAUGGCACCUAUGCUGUGAAGAGGGGAUAUAAGAUAGCUAGAGACCUGAAGCUAGCCACUGACAAAGAUACUCCAAGUUGCUCUUACAGGGAAGAUUCAGUUGAGCAUGCCCUUUUCUUGUGUCCUUGGGCAAAACUUUGCUGGUUUGGCUCGCCUUUAGCUUUGAAGUUUGAUGAAAGUAAUAUGGUGAGGUUUGAUCGCUGGUUUGAGAAUUGGACUGCUAAUAAAUCUGUGACUGAUGAUUAUAAUGUAGCCCUCUUCGCUUGUAUUUGCUGGCAAAUCUGGAAAUGCAGAUGUGGUUCCAUUUUUGAAGGAAGGGAAGUUGAAGCUGUAAGAUGUCUGGAAACGGCAAUUAGACUGACUAAUGAGUUUUGGAGCAGCUUGAGUAGAAAGAGUGGUAGGCUUUCGGCCCCCCAUAGCUAUGAAAGGGCCCAGGCUUGGCAAAAACCAAUACAAGGCACGGUGAAGAUUAAUGUUGAUAGUGCCUAUGAUGCAGAAAAUGGCUUGGCCGGGGUUAGGGUUAUUGGGAGAGAUAAGGAUGGGAGGUUUCUAGGGGGUGUGGGGUUGAAAGUAGAAGCCCAGUCUGCAUUUAUGGCAGAGUGUUUGGCUUUAUUAGAAGCCUUUAAUAUCAGAGAUUUAUUUGGAGAUGGAAAAGCAAUUUUAGAGACAGAUUGUCUGGAGUUGUACAGGCGUAUAAAGGAUAAGGAUAUGGUCGGGUGUGAUUGGAGGUGUAGAGAUGAGUUACAGAAGUGCUUGGAUCUGGGAAGGGUUAACUACAACUGGGAUUUGUCUUUGGUUUCUAGAAAAGGCAAUAAUGCUGCUGAUAAAAUUGCAGCUUUGGCAAUGAGAAGUGUGGUCCCGCAAGGAUGGAUUAAAGAUCCACCACCCUCUCUGCGUAGUAUUCUGUUGCAUGACCUGGACAGUGAUGGUGCUUUUGUGGCUGUUCGUGCAGGAAUGAACUACUUUUCUUCACAAGAUUUUGUGGCCUUUGACAGUAGAAAGGGAGCUUAUGAGGACCUUGUGAGUGUUAUUAAGGAUGAUAAGAUUCAUAUGAUAGGAUUGUGUGGCAUGGGCGGGUCUGGGAAAACAACUUUGGUAAAAGAAGUGGGCAAAGAAGCAGAGAAAUUUUUUGACAAAGUAGUCUUUGUGGUUGUGUCCAAUACCAUUGAUGUAAUAAAAAUACAAAACGAGAUUGCCAGCCAACUAAGCUUGGAAUUCAAAGAGGAAGAGACACAAGGGAGAGCUAGGCGCUUGUCUAUGAGAUUGAGCAGUGGUGAGAGGUUUUUGAUCAUUCUGGAUGACAUAUGGAAAAGCUGA